GGGAACGUCCUUACGCCUGCACACACCCUGGUUGUAGCAGAGCUUUUACAACCUCUAGUCACCGCACAGUACAUAUGCGCACUCACACAGGAGAACGGCCGUAUUCUUGCGAACGUCCUUACGCAUGUAACCACCCUGGGUGUACAAGGACCUUCAUUCUCUCCAGCUCGCUUAAAAUUCACAUGCGCACUCACACAAUUGUACGGUAGUGUCCUGGAUGCGACACCGUCGAGACAUAUCAUUUUAUUGACAACACAGCUACGCACACAGGCACAGGGACCGAGUUUACGGUGGUGCGUUCAUGAA